UGAAAUGUGCUUCAUAAUAUAAGUUUCAUCUUGACUCAGAAUUCAUGUUCCAUGUUUCUUGGUUAGGAAAGUACAUCGCUAUCAAUGUUUUGUUGAGGACCAAGAAUUGUUAUUUAAUUAUCCAAAAGGAGAAAAGAAAAAAAUGUGGGGUGAGUGAGCAUGCAGGAGUUUCCAGAGAGAGGAGAGUUAAAGAGAAUGCAGAGGGAGCAAGAGAGGGAGAGGAGGCGCAUCCGAGACAGGCAGAGGAGACAAUCAAUGACUCAAGAACAAAGGGAAAGACAUCUUGCAAGGCGCCGCAGAAAUUACCAGCUUCGAAGACAAAGAGCUGCAAAUGCUCAAGUUCCAUAUUCUCCUUUUCCUCAACUUCAAACUCUAGAAUCAAGUGCAGGUGAAGCUAGUACCAGUGAUGAGCUUCAAGGUCUCACUUCUUCUACCUUUCUAGACUAUGGAGUCCUUUCUCAAGGCCUCAACCAAGUACAAGAAACAUUCAAUUUUGGAUCCAAAGUUCUUGAAGGAUCAUCAAUUCCGUUGGAAACUCUAGUUUAUAAACCAGCCAAUUCACCAAGGAGGAUGCGCCUGAAUCAUAUUAAAGGUCUUGCGCGAAACCUGACACAUUCAAUGGAUGAUGAUCCUGCUGUUACUCACCAGUUGGUAGCAGAGUUGAUAGCUAAGGAAGAUCAAGAUGUAUCCGCCGGUAAUUUUGGUAGCACACCAAAAUCCUUGCGUUUGAACUGUGUGAAGCGUCUUGCCCGAUCAAAAAAUUCUCCACCCAUAGAGACUGCAGAUCAAAAGGACCUUAAAUUGCCAUCAGAAGGGAUUCAAUUACUUGGUAACGAGAGCUUCAUAGGCUCUACCUGACUUUCUGAGAUGAAAACAAAUAGUUCACUCAAAGGUAAAUGCUUAUCAUGUCUUUUGAGGAGAGAGUGAGGUACCAAUUCCCAGUUGACACUAACAACAUAUUCUCAUUGAAUAAAUGAUGGAGAAUGGAGAAAGCACACGGGUAGCAAGAGGUUGAAAAAUUGGUUCUUAACGAUCAACACCUCGGUGAACUGGAUGGGGAAAGCAAUCUUUCUAAUACUUGGUCUAAAAAUAGCCUACAAAGAUUUUAAAAUACAUAGUUUAAAAAACAAAUUUUAAUUAUUUACUCAUAUGCUAGAUUUAUUUUCGAUUUCGCAAUCUGUUAUAUCAUUUAACUGUCCAUUUGCUUACCCCAUUUUGUUGUAUA